CUCUCCACCUCACGUACUGAUCCUUGUCAUCAUCAUCAUCACUUCAUUUUAUCCUGCUCGCUUCAGAGGCGACGAUGUAAUGAACGCUGGGGCACCAAUCUCUCCCUCUCUCUCCUGUCUUCAAUCGACCUCAAAGCCAUGGCCGAUUGCAGCUGCGUUCUCAAGGUAGUUGUUGGAGAUCCGAUACGUUCUAUAAGAGCUUAUCAGCAUGUUUUCUCUAGUCAUCACAGGCCAUUUUAUGGCAUUUCCCCUUACCGGAAAUGGCAAGUUACUCUUCCAACCGCUGUAUCUUCUACAUACAGUCAACUAACCUUCAUGCCUAUACAUGGUUCCAAGGGCCUCUAUAGGCGGUCAAACUGCAUGGUUUUUGGUUUGAGAGGUCGUUUAAAAAGCUGUCAACGAUCCCUUCGGAAAAGAUUUCGGACAUACGCUGAGCUUGACAUUGCCAAUGCCGUAGAUGUAAUCAAUGAUCUGGGGUUUGAUACUCUUACUUUCUUGAUGGUUACUGUUAUGGUUGUACCGGCAUUUAAGCUGCUUAAAGCUAGCCCGAUACUUGGUUUCUUCUGUGCGGGCGUAAUACUUAACCAAUUUGGCUUUAUCAGAAACCUCACAGAUGUUAAAGUUCUCUCAGAAUGGGGCAUUCUUUUCUUGCUUUUCGAGAUGGGGUUAGAACUUUCACUAGCGCGUCUUAGAGCUCUUGCAAAGUUUGCAUUUGGAAUGGGAUUGACCCAGGUUGUAUUGUCCACCCUUGCGUUUACAGCAUUUGAGCUUCCUCCUAAUGGGGCUAUUGGAACCAAAAUUCUCCAGUUCCUUUUUCAUUCAAGAUCUGAUCUGGUCAACAUUAGGAGUGUUGAUGAAGCUGUAGUGAUUGGAGCUGCUCUUUCAUUAUCCUCUUCAGCUUUUGUUCUGCAGCUUCUUGCAGAAAAAGGUGAGCUUCCAACACGAUUUGGUUCUGCAACUCUUGGAAUUCUUCUCCUACAGGAUAUAGCUGUUGUUCCUCUCUUAGUGAUACUUCCAGUGUUAGAGAGUCAGAACCUUGUAGAGGAAAGCAUUUGGCCAAUGCUAGCAAGUGAGAGCUUGAAAGCCUUAGGUGGGCUUGGCCUGCUCUCUCUUGGAGGAAAAUUCUUGUUGAGGCGUAUCUUUGAAGUUGUCGCGGAGUCACGGAGUUCAGAAGCUUUUGUUGCUCUUUGCCUGCUUACUGUUUCUGGAACAUCACUCCUAACUCAGAUGCUCGGGUUUAGUGACACACUAGGAGCGUUUCUGGCAGGAGCCAUUCUUGCAGAAACAAAUUUUCGUACUCAAAUUGAAGCAGAUAUUAGGCCCUUCAGAGGCUUACUGCUAGGCUUAUUCUUUGUUACCACUGGCACAUCCAUUGACAUGCAGCUCCUAUUCAGAGAAUGGGCAAACGUUCUUUCCCUCUUGUUAGGCUUAAUUGUUAUCAAGACACUGAUAAUAACAGCAAUAGGUCCCCGUGUUGGAUUAUCUUUACAAGAAAGUGUAAGAAUAGGCUUGCUUCUUUCCCAAGGAGGAGAGUUUGGAUUUGUGGUGUUUUCUUUGGCAAACAGGCUUGGAGUCCUGCCACUUGAGUUGAAUAAACUUCUCAUAAUCGUUGUUGUUCUAUCAAUGGCAUUAACCCCUUUACUGAAUGAAAUUGGAAGAAAAGCUGCUGGUAUUAUUGAUGAGAAGUUCGAAGUGAAAGAAAAAGAAACUGAGAUGGUGAACUUUGAUGCUACUGAACCUGUGGUCAUCCUUGGGUUUGGGCAAAUGGGGCAGGUCCUGGCCAAUUUCUUAUCUACACCAUUGGCUUCUGGCUUAGAAGGUGACAAUGCAGGCUGGUUCUUGUUUUCUGUGUGUUUUAAACUAAGAGAUAGGGCAUCUAGAAAGUCAGGCUUCCCGAUACUUUAUGGAGAUGGGUCACGUCCAGCUGUUUUGCAAUCUGCUGGUAUUUCUUCUCCUAAAGCAAUCAUGAUCAUGUACACGGGUAAACAGAGAACAAUUGAGGCUGUUCAACGUAUACGGCUAGCAUUCCCUGCGGUCCCUAUAUAUGCUAGAGCUCAGGAUCUGACUCAUUUAUUAGAUCUGAGGAGAGCAGGUGUAACAGAUGCUAUUAUUGAGAAUGCUGAGACUAGUUUACAGCUUGGCUCAAAGCUUUUAAAAGGACUGGGUGUCAUGUCAGACGAUGUGACAUUUUUGAGUCAGCUUGUCAGGGAUUCUAUGGAGCUUCAAGCUCUAGAGGCUGUCAGUAGAACUGAGGACCGAGAAAUUGAUACGAUGAAGCCAAUGCGGGUUAGAGUUACUGACUUGGUUCAAGGCGACGGAAGCAGUGCCCUAAAGUCAGCAAAUGAGCCAACCCUAAACCUGAAGCGUCCAGAUUUAUCUCGGAUUGCUGCUAUAUCUGAAGACAAUAGAUCGUCUGAUGAAACUUCAACUCGUCAACCCGAUAAAUUUGAGAGUGAUGAUGGUGUUAAGUAUUGCCGCUUGGAUAUGAGCAAUGGUUCAUCAAGUAACGAGGAAGAUAUGGAGAACAUAGGUAUGUUGGAUAGUUCAGUACCUUAUACAAGUAAAUCUGAAGGUUCUUAAGUACUGAUUCAUAGAGAAAUUUUAAUGAGAGAAUUUUUGUUCAGAGCAUACAAGUGAGAUGCUUCUGCUGGAGUAUUCUCUUUGUAUACUUUAGAUUCCUUGUACAGAUUUUAGAUUCUAAGAUCCUCUCACAGUUAUGCCGCAAAGAAAGAGACUGUUCAUUUGUCAAUUGUACAUCUGUAUUAAUGAUGAACCACACAAGUUUCAUGUUUAUAUCUGUUACAGUCUUGUUUGUGGAUUAUUGUGAUGCACAAUAGGAAAUUGGGAGGUUAAGAUUAUUUGUAGCUUGACCUACUGUAGUAUUUGUUGUUGUAUGUUUACAUUGGCAGAUUGUUGAUGAUUCUCCAGAAAUUUUGUUCUUUUGA